AUGGGUCAAGAUAACGAGCCUAAAACCUACCGCUACAAUGAGACUCCGGUCUACACAGCCUCGAACGGCUGCCCAGUCAUGGACCCCCAGGCUGCUCAGCGCAUUGGGCUCAAUGGCCCUCUCUUGCUGCAGGAUUUCCACCUGAUCGACCUGCUGGCGCAUUUCGAUCGUGAGCGCAUUCCGGAGCGCGUGGUCCAUGCCAAAGGUGCUGGCGCCUACGGCGAGUUCGAGGUCACCGACGACAUCAGCGAUAUCACCACCAUCGAUAUGCUCAAGGGUGUCGGCAAGAAGACCAAGAUGCUCACCCGCUUUUCGACAGUCGGUGGUGAGAAGGGAUCCGCUGACAGUGCCCGUGAUCCUCGUGGAUUCGCCAUGAAGUUCUACACCGAGGAGGGCAACUGGGACUGGGUGUUCAACAACACCCCAGUUUUCUUCCUGCGUGAUCCUGCCAAGUUCCCCGUCUUCAUACACACUCAGAAGCGCAACCCGCAGACUAACCUCAAGGAUGCCACCAUGUUCUGGGAUUAUCUGUCCACCCACCAUGAGGCGGUCCACCAGGUGAUGCACCUCUUCAGUGACCGUGGUACUCCCUACUCUUACCGCCACAUGAAUGGCUACUCUGGCCACACCUACAAAUGGAUCAAGCCGGACGGCACCUUCAAUUACGUCCAGAUCCACUGCAAGACCGACCAGGGUAACAAGACAUUCACGAACGACGAGGCCACCAAACUGUCCGCUGAGAACCCUGACUGGCACACCCAGGAUCUGUUCAACGCCAUUGAGCGCGGCGAGAAUCCCUCUUGGACCUGCUACGUUCAAGUUCUGAGCCCCGAGCAGGCUGAGAAGUUCCGCUGGAACGUCUUCGACCUGACCAAAGUCUGGCCUCAGAAGGACGUGCCUCUGCGCCGCUUCGGCCGCUUCACUCUCAACAAGAACCCGCAGAAUUACUUCGCGGAGAUCGAACAAGCCGCCUUCUCUCCCUCCCACAUGGUCCCCGGCGCUGAGCCCUCUGCCGACCCGGUCCUCCAGGCUCGUCUCUUCUCCUACCCAGAUACGCAGCGCCACCGCCUGGGCGGCAACUACGAGCAAAUCCCCGUGAACUGCCCGCUCAAGGCCUUCAACCCAACACACCGCGAUGGCUACAUGAACGUCAAUGGCAACUACGGCGCCAACCCUGCUUACCCCUCCACCUUCCGCCCGCUCGCCCACAUGCCAGUCAAGGCUAGCCAGGAACACGAAAAGUGGACCGGUGCUGUCAUCGCCGAGCAGCACCCCGUUACCUCCGAGGAUUAUGUCCAGGCGAACGGCCUGUGGCAAGUCCUUGGCCGCACCCCAGGCCAACAGGAGAACUUUGUCGGCAACAUCUCCGGUCACCUCUGUGGCGCCCACGAGCGCGUUCGCAAAGCAACUUACGAGAUGUUCCGUCGCGUGAAUGCCGAUCUUGGAGCUCGCAUCCAGUCUGCCACUGAGGCUCAUGUUACCGGUGCCCCACCCGCACGUCUGUAG